GGAUAGUGUGUUACACUUUUGUUAUUCUACCACUGUCCCUGACGACGCUGUUAACGUUAGAGCUGUUGAAGCGAAACAGGAUUUAGACACGCCGUGCGCCUGUGGCCCCAACUUGGAGCGUAAUCACAACUACAUACCAUGAAAGGAUAGAUACAAUCUGAUUGCGCAUGGCCAGCGAUUAGCGCCUGCGCGCAUAUGAAACAUGAACUACUCUGGGGAUCGCGUUGCUCGAGAUAGGUUUAAAACUGCUGAGGGACGUUUUCACCUGCACACGGAACGUGUCACAGCUCCUGAGCCAUUUAGCAACCAGCGUUCAACACGCCUUACGUUGGCGAGCUUGCAAGGCGGGGCAGAAGAAGGGUCAUGGAUUCUCUUCAACGUCAGAGAUUGUGUGCACAUUUCGCGUUACAACAUGACGCACAAGGAACCGUACAAAUCGUUGGUGUUCAACAACUCCCCUGUACGCACGGGCUAUCCCACUUGCCAUGCGUUCUUGUCUGCAAGAGACGGCGUGGAUUUGUUGGUGGGCUUGGGAGACGGGACAGUCUACCUCAUGUCGUUGAGAGCCCAGCUGCAAAACAGCGGGUUUCAAACAAAGCCUGUCGUACUGGGCACCCUGCAGCCCGAGGGCGUGUCAGAGAGCACUCGCUGUACGGCAGUGGCAUGGGUGCCUCGCUCGGAGUCGGGACUCUUUGUAGCGUCGUACAACACCGGGAACAUAUACAUGUACAAAAAGGCCCAGGUGACGGGGGAGGGCAGCGGCAAGUUCAGCCUGUCACUGGGCUCUAGCUCCAAAUCGCAGUCGCCCAGCAUCAUUCCGCUGGGCGGCGGCGGUGUCAACGACGUGGCCCCCUCCCCCGACGGUCGCCACCUGGCCGCCGCCUGCCGCGACGGCUCGCUGCGGGUGGUGGAGCUGGGCUCGGGCGCCGUGGUGGCGGGCUUCUGCAGCUACUACGGCGCGCUGCUGUGCUGCUGCUUCAGCCCCGACGGCAAGUACGUGGCGGCGGGCGGCGAGGACGACCUGGUGGCGGUGUACGGGCUGCAGGAGCGCUACCCGGUGGUGCACGGGCAGGGGCACCGGUCCUGGGUCAGCAGGGUGGCGUGGGACCCCUGGGCUGGUUCCGAGCCCGGCGACCGCUCCCGCACCGCCCUGUCGGAGCAGCUGGCGCCCUCGCUGCACAUCUACCGGCUGGGGUCGGCGGGUCAGGACUGCCAGCUGUGUCUGUGGGACGUGCAGGCGCCCGGCGAGGGGGACAUCAACAGCGGCGCGGCGCUGCUGGCGCAGAUGACCGGCAUGAUGGGCAGCGGCGCCAAGCGCAACGGCAGCAUCGGCGGUCGCGCCCCCGGCGCUGCUGGCGGCGGCUCUGAGGGCGGUCCCGGUCUGCCCCCCGCCGCCAGCCUGCACGACCGCAAGGCCUCCCUGGGCAAGAGCACCAACAUCUGCCCCUCGCUGCCGCGCAUGGACAUGUACAUCGUGCAGCCUGUCAUGGAGCACAAGCUGCACCUUGAGCCCAUGUGCGACCUGCUGUUCGCCUCGGACUCCAUCUUCACGGUGGACCACACCGGCAACAUACGCAGGUGGCUCAGACCCUCCGCGGAUGGGGUGGGGGAGUGAUGAUGGGGGUGGUGGUGGUGAGGAGGAGGAGGGCGAGUGAUGGGAGGAGAGGGAGAGGAGGAGGUUGCGGCAGGAGAAGAAAAGCUAGGGUAUUGGGGAUGCGUAGCUUGUGGUUUGUGCGCGCGCGCGCGCCGGGAGUAGCUGUCAGCGCUGUUGAGGUGGUGCGCGGGCCGGUUUGUUGGAGCGUUGGAAGCAGCGCUUGCGGAGGAGGAGGAGGUGAUGCUGCUUUCGGAUGGAAAGAAGAGGAGGAGGAGGAGGGAGGAGCAAGGUUUUGUGGAUGAAGAGGAAGAAUAGCAAACUGUGACGCACGUGCGUACGGGUGGAGGAGGACGAGGGGUGGCGCGAGGGAGCGCCAUCACGGGGCACCCCAGCUUGUGGUAAGAAGCACUGGCCGCGAGUAGGAACGUGUGUGUGCAGGAUGGGGUGUGGGGCUGCAGGAGAGCGGCUCCAAAGGAACGAGCUCCCGUCAGGAACCAUUCGGGCUUGAAGCCUUUCGUCAGCAUGUGUCUCGUAUGCGGUGUAAGACCGCUUUCAGGGUCGGAGUGCCAUGCAAUGAGUCAUGGUACGGCAUGGUCCGUAUUGCAUAAUGGUGUGUAUCAGGGUGGCGAGGGGCGCAUUGCGGAUGGAUGCUGCAUUGGUCGGCCUGGCCAUCAGGCCCCGCAAGGCUUGUUAAGUUUACCGCUGCGGUAUAGGAAGCGUGGUAUAUGGCCCAUGUGUGCUGCUCAUGGGGGCCAUUACCGGAGUUAUGGCGCGUCGAUUACGCUGCACGCCCGUCCUCCAAGACAUGGUGAGGGCAUGGCGUGGACAUGGCAAGGCAUGAGGACAUAAGCAUGGCAUGGUGCGAGUGAAAUGCGUGGAGCGGUAUGACCGCGUCAGAACCCUUGCCUUACAUCGUGACACAUGACACGUUUGCGCACACACAGCGGUACGGCAGCUCGCACGGACAGCGCCCGCCGGCACAGCGCGUCCACAA